GGGGCCGAGGAGGAUUGGGAGCCUCAGAUCCGCUGGCGAGACGAGCGCUACGAGGCCAUGCUCAAGGAGCACGAGCAGGUCAAGCAGAUCCUCCAGCAAGAGAUGCUCAAAGCCCAGGAAGCCUGCAAGCAGAUUGAAGAGCAAGUGAGAAGGUUUCCAAAUCCCUUCGAGGCGGAGUUAGAGGAGCUGAAAGACCGCUACGCGCAGAUGCAGGCUGGCACCCAGCGACUGAGCGUGGAGAACGUGCAGCUCAGGGAGAAGCUUCAGGAUCAGGAGGAGGCUUUCCAAGACUCCAAGAAGGGGUUGGAAGAUCAGCUCCGGGUCGCUCACGACAUCCUCGAGCAGGUUUCUACGCUGGGCGCGCUGCGCCAUCUGAGCCAGGAAGCUGCAACAGCUGUCAAGAAGCUCAAGAAGGGCUGGACGUGA